AGACGCAUAGACUAGCGCGGAUUUAUCUCUAUUUUAAGUUCUCUGUCUCUAGCUGUCGGUGCGCUACUUCAGCUCUGGUCGUGCUGUGAACUACACGCGCCUUGCGGCUCCCCCAAUAAAAAUAUCAUACAAACAGACAAUAAAAAAACAAUUAAUAUAACAAAAUCCUGUAUUUUGUGUGCCUGUGUCCGUGCGUGCGUGAAACCAGAAAUCUCAAGCUCCACUUCCGGCUUCGAUUUAAAUUUGAGACUUGUAUAAAAAAGAACAAUUCCCUCAAAAUGAUAUUCGGCCGCUGGACGCGUAAGCAAAUACUCACGAUGUGCGGUUUGGGUGGCGCUGUUGUGGGCGCUAUAAUUAUAAUCGCUGUGCUCAACAGCAAUGUGUCUGCCAAGGAGGUGCCCUGGCAUGAUGCAGCCACAUCCAAGUGCUAUAAGACCCGUCCCAAUACAACCCACUCAACACUGGAACUAGUCCACAUUGUGUUCAGGCACGGCAUUCGCACCCCCGUGGAUACGUACCCCAACGAUCCCUAUUUGAGAGAUGGCUUCAAGCCAACGGGCUGGGGACAUGUCACCAAUUCUGGCAAACGAGAACUCUACGAAAUGGGCCACUGGCUGAAUCGUCGGUACAGCGAAUUUAUGGGACCCUACUACAGACCCGAUCGCUUACAUGCACAAGCGACAGCGUCACCCCGCGCCAUGAUGUCCCUCCAGACGACACUGGCCAGCAUGUUUGAGCCCCGUGGAACUCCAAUGGAGUGGAACAAGGAACUCAACUGGCAACCCAUACCUAUAGUUUCAGAACCUCUAGACCAAGAUUCGCUUUUGCUGGUUCGGACGCCGUGUCCGCGCUAUUUUGAGGCCUGGGAAGAGGUGUUCAAGCGGCCCGAAGUGAUUGCAGAGACAAAGCCAUACGAGCAAAUGUUCCGGGAGCUGACCAAUCUGACUGGGAUGCCGGUGAGGAAUGCCGAGGAUGUGAACUCCCUGUACAUCACACUGCUGGCAGAGCAAGAGUUUGGCUAUGAGCUGCCCGCUUGGACCAAGGAUUACUUCCCCGAUCGCAUGCAGUUCCUGGCCGAACAGAGCUAUAUCUACAAUGCCUACACGCCGGAGAUGCAGAAGAUCAAGGGUGGACCCUUCCUCAAGAGGAUGUACAAGGAGAUGUCCGAGAAGAGAGAUGGCAGUCUGAAGCCCAAAGAUCGGGGCAUGUACAUCUAUGCGGGACAUGACUGGACUGUGGGCAAUAUACUGUCUGCCUUGGGGCUUUGGAAGCGUCAAAUGCCUAGGUUUGCGGUAAUGGCUAUCUUUGAGACGCACAGAGAUAAGCGGACAGGCGAAUACUAUGUGGAGAUCUUUCUACGGAACGACAAACACGGCUGCCUGGAGCAGUUGCAGCUCCGUGACUGCGAUCGUCAGUGCCCCCUGAGUCGCCUCAUCGAACUAAGCAGCGAGGUGCUGCCCAACGAGCCAAUGGAACAGCGGUGUCGGCCCCACAGCCCCGAUUUUGUGGAACCGCCGCCGCGUCUGAUCGAUCAGAAUGCGGGACGCUAGCAAUAAUUGGUGGAUGAUUGCGCUGAUUGAAGCGCUCGCUCUUCGUUGCUCUUCGUGUGUUUCACUGUGUGUGUGUGUGUUUUGCUUAAUGUAUGGGUGAAUACAUAAUCGCGACUUAAAAGCCGACCGACGUUCUAUUGAUGCAGUCACUCAACGCACAAGCCUCAGCUCAGUCGGUCUACUUCAUUCUACCGCUCAACCCAACCCAACACAAUCCAAGCCAAAUCAACUAUGAAGCUAUUGGGCCUUCUGCUCUUUGUGGCCUAUUGGCUGAUGGCUAUUCGCGCAGCCAGUGUGC